CACAAAGAUCCAAGGGUCGAGAAACUACUUGGGCGGAAAAUAACAAAUUCUACUUUUACAGCGUAGGAAGCCUCAACACACUUUCCUGGACGGUCAUAGAGUCCCAACUCUUUCCCUAUAUAUGCGUUUUUUUCUUCUUCUGGCCUUUAUGCACUCUGUAUUUGGGCGAACGUUUAUUAGCCAUGACCAACGUGCCAAGCUCUUGAGAUACUCUUUCUUUACCCUGUUCAAGCAAGGCACGGAGCCUCUGAGCCUUGGGCGCCUCUUUCCCUUGUUUUCUUAUAAAGCGUGUAAAAAUCGGAGGUAAAAGAUCGGCAAGAAAACUAGCUAGCAAAGCAAGGGCUACGUACGGACGUACUUCUUUGUCUUUCUUUGUCAAUCUUCGUUUGCAUGACUUUUGCAGAUAUGGGAAGUGGAGACCAGAAAACUCUGAGAAACUUUCACCGAAACCUGUCUCAGCAUCAUCUUCAGCAGCAUCACCAAGGGAAGAAGCAAGAGAUGAGAGACGUGCCAAAAGGGUGUUUGGCGAUCAAGGUUGGUCAGGGUGAGGAGCAACAGAGAUUUGUGGUGCCUGUUAUAUAUUUCAACCACCCACUGUUCAUGCAGCUCCUGAAGGAGGCUGAGGAAGAGUACGGUUUUGAUCAGAAGGGGACAAUCAAUAUUCCUUGCCAAGUGGAGGAGUUUAGGUACGUUCAGGGAAUGAUUGACAGGGAAAAGUCCCUUCAUCAUCAUCAUCAUCAUCAUCUAAUUGGGUGUUUUGGGGUUUGAUCAAAACCUUGCUUUUUGGCACCUCAAAUGCAUGAAUUUCGAUGCUGCAAUCUUUGGGGUUCUGCAGAUUUGGAGUGUUUGUAGGUUUUGUAUUUCCCUUUUUUCUUGGUAGUUGGGUGUGGUGGUGAUAAAGAUGAGAUGAUAACGACAGCAAAACUGUUGCAAUUGCAUGUAAUGACUUUGUUCUUAUGUUAGGAAUAGUAAUGAUAAAAAAAGAAAACUCAGUCGGAUC